AUGUCGCGUUUCAAGGCACGGGAACGGCUGCUGGCGAUCGUCAUACUGGUGCUGACAUUGCAACCAUCAUGGUCACCGGUCGGGGCUGCGAACAUUCUGGCGGUGCAAACGGUCCCGGGGUUGAGCCACUGGAACGUGAUGCGCUCCGUACUGCGGCCGUUGAUCGAACACGGCCACAACGUGACGGCGUUCACGCCGUUCGUGGACGGCGACAGGGACAACUACGUCGAGGUGGACAUGUCCGAUGUGAUGCGUGUUCACAUCAACGAAAACGUCACGUACGUGAGGGGUAAGGUCAGCACGACCGCGACGUUUAUGGCCAUAUUGAUAAACAUUACCCGAUCGUACUGUGACGUGAUUCACGAACACCCGCGUAUGACGGAAAUCUUGACCGCGGCGCUCCCGUCCGAAUUCGACUUGUUAAUCACCCAACCUGUCGCAUCGAAAUGCGUGGCGUACGUGGCCACCGUGCUCCGCAUUCCUCUGGUUUACGUCGUCGUGCCGGCGGUCUUCACCGAUCUGGAACGAUCGAUUUCUGGGCAAUUCCCGAAUCCGGCGACCUUUGGACAUACGUUGUUCCCGCGCGCCAUCCCCAAAACGUUCCUCGACCGGUUGUCCAACACUGUACUGACGGUCUACUGUUCCUUUUUGUUGCGGUACAACGAAUGGUGGCAAAAGGUGUCCGACCCGCGUCCGUACGACGAUGUUGAUCUUAUCAAACCUUCGAUUACCUUCACGAACGCGCAUUACAUUACCGACUUCUCUCGGCCUUUGACGCCGGACGUCAUUUCGAUCGGUGGAAUACACCUCACGCCGCCUAAAGAAUUACCGAAGGUAAGCGAUUAUUGUAAUAAUAAAAUUGGUACAUUCGCCGUGACUCUAGUGUUUUAAAUUCACCGCAACAACGAACGUCAAAAUGUGAAUUCAUUUAAAAAAUAGGUUUUUCUAAGAUAAUGGAGACGGGCUCAGAUGGGUGCAGCCACUGUUGUGCGUGGGAAGUUGAAAUGGUAGGAUACAGAAGGGAAUUCAAUGUUUAUCUGUAAGCUGAAACGAUUAACCAUUGUUAACGAAAAAACUAUUCUGAGCGGAGUUUAGUUGAUAGUGAUGCUUUGUCAACAAUAUAUAUUUCAUAUUAUGGUAAAAAAAUUAAAUGGGCAUUAUUUAUUUUCUUUACUUUACUUUCCUUAAAUGUUUUUUAGGUGUAGUACCUUUUCUGAAAGGAAAUCGGCGUGGGGAAGUACUUUAGGGAGGUCAUUUUUCAAUUUUUCCCAAGAGUUAUCUCAUCAAAUUUAAAAACCUAAAAAAAAAAAAAACGGGAAAAUAUAAGAAAUGUAGGUAUUAGUUAAUAUAUAUUACGGCCUUAUUUUUUUCUGUGCACAACUUUUCAACCAGCAAUUUUGCUCCAACUUUUAAUGAUAGCAAUGUUUCUUAAAGUAAAUUUCACAAGCGAUGUACUUUAAAGAAGUCAUUUUUCGAUUUUUUCAAGAGUUUUCCCAGUAAAUGUGAAAAACCGGGAAAAACGUAGGAAAACUGGGAAAAUUAGUACAACAUUAAACAAAUAUUAUUCAAGAAAAUAUAUAAUGCCUAUUUAAUUAUUUUAAUUAUUUUAUGUCAUAUAUAUUCUUAACAAAGCAUUUUUAAGUGAACUCCGCUCAGAAUCAUUUUUUCGUAAGCAAUGAUUUAUUGUGGUUUACAGAUAUACAUUAAAUUAUCUAUAACAGUGGCUGAACCCGUCCUCAUUAUCCUAGGACGUUUUUUUGUUUAAUAUUGUUCCGAUUUUCCCGUUUUUUUUUUCGGUUUUCCACAUUAGUUGAGAAAAUUCAUAAGAAAAACGAAAAAUUACCUCCCUAAAGUUCCACCCUAAGAAAAUUUCAGAAAAGGGUCUACAUCAUAUAUAUUGGAGUAAGAUUUUUGAUAAAAGAAGUGUUCAUAUAAAAAAAAUAAUUAACAUCUUUGUAAAACCAAUGCAUUCUUCGCUUCACUCAGAAUCUAAAACAUCCACUUUUCACGCUCUAAAACUUCAUUAGAACUGUCGGGUAGAACUUAUUGUUUUUAUUAAACUAUAUAUAAUGGCCUGUCGAUCCAAGUUUUGUUUUUGGAUGCAUCCGAAUUGCAUGCUAAAAAAAAUCGUAAAAUAUGUCCAAAUUGGAUGCCACUUCUUACAGGAGCCUAUCUGAAUUAUGUGACUUUUUUUUUCUUUUGGACUAUAAUGAUUUUUCGAAAACUAAAAAAAAAAUCAUUUAAAAUUGUUUAAAAAUAGGUAUUAAUUCAUAAAAAAAAAAAAAAAUACAUGGUUUUAUUUAGUUAUAGUGCCACCUACUUUUUAAUAUUGUUAAUAUAAUUUAGUAAUUUCUGAAUUUAAAUUGAAUUAAAGUGACACACCCAACAAUUGAAAAAAUAAAAUAAAAAAUAACUCGAAUAUAUUAUGUGUUAUAAGAAACAUUCGUGAUUAGCCUUUUAUUGAUUAUUAGACGCAAUAUUGAUGAAAUCAGUAAAAUAGUGCAUGUACAAAAAUUUGUAUGUUUGACCGAUAACAAAAUAAAUACUUAAUUAUAUUAAGUAUAUUGAUAAUUCGUAAUCAUUAAGUACACAUUAAAACGUUAGAGAUAACAAUAUAGAGUAUUAUAACCGAAAUAGUAAAUUCAAUUGUAUUAUUUUGAUAAUUGUAAAUUGAAAACAAUUUUAAAAUGAAAUUAAAAAAAUUAAAAAAAUUGUUUUAACCAUAACAGUAAAACAAUUAAGUUUCUACUGUCGUUUUCAAGUCUAAAAAAACUGGAAAGGAAAACGCCACUUUAAUUUAACUUCAAGAAUUCAGUAAUUUAAAGUCAAGUAAAAAUUUAAAAUUUGGUGAAUUAUAUGACCAAAUAAACUUUAUAUUUUUUUAUUUUUAGAAAAAUUUGAUUGAUAAUUUUUUGGUUUUCGAAAAAUUCAGUUUCAAAUGAAAACAAAGACGGACAUACUUCACAUGUAGGUGCAGCCACUGUUGUAGGUUAGAAGUUAGGAAGGUAGUAAAGGGGAAAUUUAAUGUAUAUCUGUAAGUAACGAUAAACUAUUGCUAACGAAAAAACGAUUCUGAGUGGAAACUCUUGGAAAAAUAAAAAAAUAACCUCCCUUAAAGUACCUCCCUAGUCAGAUUUCCUUUUAAAAGAGGUGCUUUCAUUUUAAAUUGGAGCGAAAUUGUUGGUAGAAAAAUUUUCCUUAGAAAAAAAAGACUGUAAUAUUUUAUUAAUAAAUUUCGUACAUUUUCCCCAGUUUUUCACAAUUGUUUAGAUAACUUCUGAGCAAAUCGAAAAAUUACCUCCCUAAGCUUUCUCCUGUGCCCGAUUUUCUUCAGAAAAGUGCUGCAGAGCAAGAUUCCUGGUAGAAAAGUUUGCGUAAACAAAUCGAGGAGUAUUUUUCGAUUAAAAUACCCCGAGUGAGUAAUAGCUGGGUUUCUAGGUACACCUAAAAUUAAUUUGUUUUUUCCUUGUUCAGGUAAAAUAGAAAAAAUAAAUGCAAAUAAGUUUUUUCGAAACCCGAGUUUGAACUUACGAUCCCCAGGAUGACAAUACAUAUCCAUGUCCAUUAGACGACGAUAAAAAUAAUUUAAAUAUGACAAUAUUGAGUAACUAAUAGGGAUAGGAUGUUGAUGGCCUAAAAAACACAAAAAUGCCCAAAAAAAAUUUGCAAAACUGCUCUAAAAAAUCCAAAAAAUGUUCCAAAAAUUCCGAAAAAUGGUCUUAAAAAAUGACCAAAUAAACCUACUUAAAUAAUUGAAAACAAUUUUAUUUAAAAAUAAUAAUUAAUAAUAUAUAUAAUAACUUUAUUAUUAAUAUUGGCAUAAUAUUAGAACAUCAAAAAGAUAUAAUUUUGAAACUAAUUCAGUCCGUUCGAUUCGGAUUUCACUAUCGUUUUUAAAUCAGCAAUAUACAUAAUAUGUGUUAUAUAUAUUUUGUUUAAAACAAAAAAUUGAAAAAUUAGAUUUGUUCCACAUCAUUUUUCACUCAAACGAUAUCCGUCAAAAUGUUAAAAUUCCUUUAUAAAAAAAUAAAAAUAAGUACUACAUUAAACUCAAACCUAUCCUAACUAGAAAUUUUCUGUUCAAAUUUCAAGGCUAUGAAUAUUUUUGACUGAAUUGGAACAAAUGAUACUAUUGAGAAAAUAAUAAAAGCAUAAUUUUCAUAAAUUUACCGUUUUUCUUAUGUUUUUUUCUCAUUUUUUCCCUUUUAUUGGGAAAACUAAUGAGGAAAUCAAUAAAUGAUCUCUUUUAAGUACCACCCAAAUAAAAUUUCCAUUCUUAAAAGGGUCUACCUCGUAUACAUUUGAGCAAGAUUUCUGGUAGAAUUUCGGACAAAAAAAAAAAAAAAGUAAACAUCUAUUUAUAACUAAUAUACGCCACGCUCAGGAUCUAAAGACUAAGUUGUGUUAAGUAAAUUUAUCCAAGGUACGCGAUUCGGACAGACCCUGCAAGUGCUAGCACGCAAUGUGGGUAGACCCUUCUAUAAUAUGUGAUAGCGUGCAAUUCGGACGUGCACCGAUUUUAUCGUGGUUCACUGUUUCAGGACAUUUUAGAAUUCAUUGAAGACUCGCCUCAUGGUGUGAUUUAUUUCACAUUCGGUUCGAUAAUGAUGAUCUCGUCAUUGCCGGUAAACGUCCAAAAAGCGUUCAUGGAUGUUUUCAGGAAAAUCCCGCAGAGGGUACUGUGGAAAUCCAAUAAAGAAAUUGAAGACCUACCGCCAAACGUGAUGGUGAACAAAUCUUUUCCCCAACGUGACAUACUGUGUAAGAUGUAAAACAAAAAUUGGUAAAAUUUUCAAAAUAUUUAAAUUUUGUCCUUUUGCAGUGCAUCCAAACGUGAAGUUGUUUAUCUGCCACGGAAGCAUAUCCGGAGUUUACGAGGCAGUGGACGCCGGUGUGCCCGUACUCGGAUUUCCGAUUGUAUACGACCAACCGAUAAAUAUGAAAAAUCUGGUGGACGCAGGCAUGGCGAUUUCCGUAAACAUGUUUUCCAUUACGAACGAUACGCUUUUGACCGCCAUUACCGAGCUCGUCAAUAACGAAAGGCACGUAUUUAAUCGAUCUCGUUAAAUCAGUUAAACCCGAAUAAAUACAACGUAUUUACAGAUAUAUAUUUUUUUUUUUGUGUUUUUAAUUUUCAGUUACCGCAACAACGCCAAAGUCGCUUCCAAAAGGUUCAAAGACCGGCCCGUUUCGCCCGCAGAAUCGGUUGUUUACUGGACGGAGUACGUGUUACGGCACAAUGGCGCGCCGCAUCUGAAAUCUCCCGCUAUCAAUCUGAUUUGGUAUCAAUAUUUUCUCUUGGACGUGAUCGGCACGCUGUUGGUCGUAGCGUUUGUCGUUUGGAUCACGAUUCAAUAUAUUUGCCAAUUAAUUUUCCUUAGUUUUUGUAGAGGGAAAGAAAAACGUGAAUAA